CCGGCCAUACUGUGAAGAGCACUGAAUGGUGGUGGCGCGUUGUAUUUAUUCAAGCGGGCAUUUGCGUCACUUCCCGUAUCAGCCAAUCCUGUAGUUCCGUCGAUAUGUCUUGGCAACGAUUGGCUGGGAGACCUGUCCAUCAUUCAAGGUACAUCCCAUGGGUGUACCACGUGACCGUGUAUUCGUUUUAAUAAAAAUAGGACAUAAUAUAGCAUAAAAUGCAAUAAAUGAAUUGUGACAACAUAAAGAUUAUGGGAAAUUACUACGUAAUAGCGCCAAAAUAUGAAAUAGUACAGCGUAUACUUUUUUACUGAAAUGUAUUUAGGACCAUACAUAUAUACGGUUAAAAAAAAACUAAAUACGUUUCAUUUGGCGAAUAAACCUAAAGACAUUUAAUUUGGCAAAUAAACCAUUUCGGGGCCUACACUUUAGAUGAUGUUUUUGGGUAGGGUGCUACAGAUACUAACAAACACGGGCAGUACAGUUGUCUUCGGUGAACUUCCCAUCAGUCUGGCGAAGCUGCAACACUACAUCUCCCAGCAAACCUUGCGCGACAAUUAGAAGCGUCAACGAGCCAGUGAACAUUAAGCGGAGCAGACCAAAAUCCCAAACAAGGAAAUGAGGUAUUAAUGGGUUAUAAUGGAUUACGACUUCAAAACAAAAUUGGCAGCCGAAAGGGAAAGAGUAGAAGAUCUAUUCGAAUAUGAAGGUUGCAAAGUGGGUCGAGGCACCUAUGGACACGUUUAUAAAGCCAAGCGCAAAGAUGGGAAAGAUGUGAAAGAGUAUGCACUGAAACAGAUUGAAGGGACUGGGAUCUCUAUGUCGGCCUGCAGAGAGAUUGCUCUGCUUCGAGAACUCAAACACCCAAACGUGAUUGCACUGCAGAAGGUCUUCUUGUCUCACAGCGACAGAAAAGUCUGGCUGCUCUUUGACUAUGCCGAGCAUGACCUCUGGCACAUCAUUAAGUUUCACCGUGCCUCCAAAGCAAACAAGAAGCCCAUGCAGCUUCCACGAGGGAUGGUAAAGUCGCUGCUCUAUCAGAUCCUUGAUGGCAUCCACUACCUCCACGCAAACUGGGUCUUGCAUCGAGAUCUCGUGAGCAUGUGCACUCCACAUCCAUCGUUGUAAACAGAGACUAGGACAAUUUUGGGAAAUUGUUGUCUAUAAAAAAACAAGGGUCAGUUAAGAGUUCACAUUUUCAGCAUGCUGAGAAACAUGGGAGUUAAGUCUUAAAUAUUAACUGCUAAAACACUACAAGAACCACACGCAUGUUAGACUGAACUAUACCUAUACCUGGUAGGUUUUAUACCUAAUGAUACUCCAUGGAGACAGGAUUUUUUUGUUUGUUGGUUAGCCAUUAUAUUACCCAAAUAAUUUCUAAAGGAAGUCUAGCAGAAAUACUUAAAAUUUACUAUAUAUGAUGCUAACAAUGACAGGUCAGUGUUUGGUAUUGGAGUCACUAACAUAGUCACAGAUAUCUUUAUCACUGAUUAAGUCUGUCAAAAUAUUUUGUUCAAAUAAAUCUCAUCAACUAAGAUGAUAAGAGCACAUAUAUUUGCAGAUGAUACAUGCAAUUUGAUCUAAGAAUCAAAUCACCUUUCUACCUCAAUUUCUGAAAUUUAAUCCAUAACUUAACCAUGUAAAUGUUACGAAUUAAUAAAGUGUAUUCAGUGUUUAAAAUGUUUUUAUUAUUGUUAAAUACUGUACAUUGCAAUACCAGCUUAGUCUAUCUCUCUUCUCACCCUCUUGCACUAUCAUGCUGUGAGGGUGUCAUUGUAACAGUGUUCUCUUAGUUUGGUUCAUUGUGUAAAGAAUACCAGAACACAACAUCCAAAGCAGUAACACACUACUAGCAAAAAAGCAAAAAGAGAUUCUAUUAAAGCAACUUAAGCCUGUAUAUGCAGUGAAACUGUUGUAGUAUUUGUCAUUAUGAAACACAAACACAAAUAAAGAUACAAACUUUGUAGUAAGAAGAAAGUAAUAAAAUAAACAGGCAUGUUCCAUUUCCUAUUAUAAAUUAUAUCACCAGCAGUGAGCUCUUGUCCACUAACUAGAAGGUUGGAGGAUUGAUUCAUUCUCCAAGAUAAUAUAAUACUGCCAUUGUGUCCCUGGGCAAACCUCUUCACCCACCUAUAUGAAUGUGAUGUGUGAGGAAUUUGUGGUGGUUGGAGGGGACGAACCAAAUUGGCAGCCUAACUUGCAUCAUUUUACCCCAGGACAGCUGCUCCUACAAUCGUACCCUACCAACAGUAGGAAUCUCAUGAUUUUCAGAGGUAUACAUGUUUUAGGAGUAGGGGAAACCCUUAUCUUUAAAUGAAUAAAUUAAUAUAUUUUUUAAUUAUGUCCAUAUGUUCAUAUGCAUGUUUAUAUGGCAAA